ACUAAGCUAGGCGGGGUAGAUGAAAAGGGCGGAGCCUCCAGGCCUGUCUCUUGGCAACCGGUUCUGGCAGCCCAACCGCCAAGCUAGCGUGGAGAGCGUGGUUGCUUCUGGGAGUUGUAGUGUAGCUGGAAGGCUCUUAGAGUUCUCGAGCUGGCAGGCUCUGAACCUGCGGACUACAACUCCGGACGUCCACCAGGAGGGCCAGUGUGUGGGAAGAACCCCCCCCCCAGCUCUGUCCGGGGUUCCAGGCUCCCCAGUGACAGCGGCGGCAGGAAGCAGGCGGAAGCUCCCCCGGCCUUGGGGCCUGUUGUUGUUGGAGGGGAAGACGCUGGACGUUUCCUCACGUAACUCCCAUCUCUGGGCCCAGCGUCUGUGCAUGGCGAAUUCCCCAGGGAACUCUACCCUGGAGGAGAUUCUGGGGCAAUAUCAACGGAGUCUCCGGGAACGUGCCAAUAGAAGCAUUCACCAACUCAAAGGAGCCCUAAGAGAAGGUGAUGUCACCAUUGGAGAAGAUACACUGGAUCCUUCUUGUAGCACCGGUGUGGGAAAUGAGAUGGCCUGGCAAGAACUACAACACAGCCAUGCUGUUAAUCAGCUCAAAGCUUUGUUGCGUCAGCAAGCAACUAAGGAAAGUGAGGUAUCUCCAUCAAGAAGACCGAAAAUGUCCCCUUUGGAGUCAUCAGAAUAUGAGGAAAACAAUAUGCCUACUGUGCAUAACCUUGUUCCUAUUAUUAAUGACCAAUCUCAAUAUAUUCAUCAUUUAGAGGCAGAAGUCAAGUUCUGUAAGGAAGAACUCUCUGGAAUGAAAAAUAGAGUACAAGUAGUUGUGCUUGAAAACGAAAGGCUCCAGCAACAGCUGAAAUCUCAAAUACAAGAGGAGACAAUGAGGGAACAAACACUUCUGUAUGCAUCUGGAAACAUGCAGAAUUCUUGGAUUUCAACAGCUGAAGAUUCUGAAGUGGAUGAAGCUGCCAAGAAACCAUUUUCCCACAGCAAUGCAGAUAUUGGCAAAGAUGCAUCUGCUGGUGAAGCUGAAAAAUGGAAGCUAGAACUGGAAAGGUUAAAACUUACCUAUGAGGAAAAGAGUGAAAUCCUGGAAUCUCAAUUGAAGUUUUUGAGGAAAGAUUUAGCUGAAUAUCAGAAAACUUGUGAAGAUCUUAAAGAGCAACUAAAGCAUAAAGAAUCUCUUCUUGCUGCUAAUAUUUCUAACCGUGUUGGUGGUCUUUGUUUGAAAUGUGCUCAGCAUGAAGCUGUUCUUUCCCAAACCCACAGUAAUGUUCACAUGCAGACCAUUGAAAGACUGACUAAAGAAAGAGAUGACUUGAUGUCUGUACUAGUUUCUGUAAGAAGCAGCUUGGCAGAUGUGCAGCAAAGAGAAGCAAGUGCUUACGAACAGGUGAAGCAAGCUGUGCAAAUGACUGAGGAAGCCAAUUUUGAAAAAACCAAGGCUUUAAUCCAGUGUGAGCAGUUGAAGAGUGAGCUGGAGAGGCAGAGAGAGCGACUUGAAAAAGAACUUGCAUCUCAGCAAGAGAAAAGGGCCUUUGCAAAAGAGAUGAUGAGAAAAGAAAUAACAAAAGAAAGGGAAGACAUGGGAUCAAAGAUGUUGAUCCUGUCUGAGAAUAUUGCCCAACUGGAGGCCCAGGUGGAAAAAGUUACAAGGGAGAAGAUCUCAGCUGUUAAUCAGCUAGAGGAAAUUCAAAAACAGCUUGCUUCUCAGGAAAUGGAUGUCUCAAAGGUGUGUGGAGAAAUGCGCUACCAGCUGAAUAAAACCCAAAUGGAGAAGGAUGAGGCAGAAAAGGAGCACAGAGAGUACAGAGCAAAAACUAACAGGGAUCUUGAAAUUAAAGAUCAGGAAAUAGAGAAAUUGAGAAUGGAACUGAGUGAAAGCAAGCAGCACUUGGAACAGGAGCAGCAGAAGGCAGCCCGGGCCAGAGAGGAGUGCCUGAAACUAACGGAACUGCUGGGCGAAUCUGAGCACCAACUGCACCUCACCAGACUGGAAAAAGAUAGCAUUCAGCAGAGCUUUAGCAACGAAGCAAAGGCCCAAGCCCUUCAGGCCCAGCAAAGAGAGCAGGAGCUGACACAGAAGAUACAGCAAAUGGAGGCCCAGCAUGACAAAACUGAAAAUGAACAGUAUUCAUUGCUGAUCUCCCAGAAUACAUUUUUGACAAAAUUAAAAGAAGAAUGCUGUAUGUUAGCCAAGAAACUGGAACAAAUCUCUCAAAAAAGCAGAUCUGAAAUCUCUCAGCUCAGUCAAGAAAAAAGGUAUACAUAUGACAAACUGGAAAAGUUACAGAAAAGAAAUGAUGAAUUGGAGCAACAGUGUGUCCAGCAUGGGCGAGUACAUGAGACAAUGAAGCAGAGAAACAAGUGUGUGUCCCUGGCUGCAUGUUUGAUAAGCAAUGUGACUUUCUCCCAGUGGCAUUUAAAUUGAAAGGAUUGAGAUAGAAUAAGGCAGUGACUCAACUGCCCAGACUCCCAAAAUGGGCUCAAGAAAUGCAGCAUCUAGAUGAACAAUGAGUUACCUGUGGUCACCUGUAGGAAACAGGAAGCUAUCCCACCAAUUACAACUUCUGUCAAAGGUACUUUGAGCAAUGAAAAUACAUUUUAAUUUGUCUGCUGCAUAACAAUGCAAAGUCUUUCUUAAAAGGAGAAAUGAAACCUAGAGAAUGUGUUCCUGCGCUCAAGUAGGAGAAAAGGGCACAGAGACUAGAAAUCUGAAUGUCUUCAAACUGUUAUCAUUGCUGUGGACUUGUGGCUCAGGCAAACGAUUUUUACUAUCUUAAACAAGGUCACCUGAAAAUCAUUUGAAGACUGUUACCGACUUCCUUCAUAAAUAACUAUUUUCUACAAGGAUAAGAUGUGACCCAGAAAUUUCAGAUAAAGUACUAUUUCAUUUUUGUGAAUCCUUUGUAUUUGUACUUCAAAUUUUAUUCUUGUCUCAUAUACAUAGGUUUAAAACACUUUUUUUUCCAGAGCUCAUUUCAUGCUGAACAUGUUAAGUGUUAGGAUAUCCUUUCUUUGUCUUCUGAGUUUAGGAUCUGUGUGUGUUGGGGGGGAUCGUCUGUAGAAAACAUAAUUUUGAUUGUUAUCUACCAAUUGGGAGAAAUUACCACUUUAAUCCCUUUUACCUUCCAAGUGUACAUGGUCCCAAAUUUGUCAGCCUUAGAAUUUCUUGAAACAAUGCAAUUAAACUGUAACAUAUUUCCUAACAUUCUUAAUUAAGACAGUGACUGAAAAAUGUAGAUUAACAGAAGUUACUGUUUUUAUCAACAUAUUUUCUCUCUCUUUCCCGCCACCAUCACAUCCCCUCCCCCUCCCCCUUUUGCUUUAAAUGUCUGAUGUCAGUUUCAUCCACAUGUACAUUAUGCACAUGGCACUGAAGAAACAAAGUAAAAAAUUCUCUUUUAAUUCUGAGCUGCAUGCCCAGCGCCACAUGCACUGUCUGUUACAUGUCGCUUCUUAUGAGGUUCAUGCUGGGAGUUUCUUUUUAAAGGCAAAGUGUUUCUGAAGGAAAGAGUUCAGGUUGGGCAGAUUGUGUUAGAAAAAUCUCACUGUCUCUGAGUGGAAUUAAUAUACUGAUUAUUCUAUGCAGGCUCAAACUGGCAGCGUGUGCAAAAGUUCAAGAGUGUCUGGGAAUUGAAAUAUGGAGGAGAAAUCGGGAGAGUGAGCAGAGACAAAGCGUUGGAAGUGGGGCUUAGAAGUGAAACUAAUAAUGGUAACUUUGUAAAGAGGGGGAGGGAAUUCAAGUACUGAGUGAGGAAAGGGGGAAAUAUUUUUAUGGAAUCAGGAAGUCCUGUUUUCCAUGCCACCUUUUAGGAUUGAUCUUAAAUCAGAUUGGUUAUGGAAGCGGGGGAGACCAGCACCUUUUUAUGUUCACUUCCUAGAGUUCAUAAGAUCCUUGCCAGUUCCAAUUAAAUCACAUAAGAAGCUUAAUCACUAACAUAGACAUUAAAACGGGUGGCAAUAUUUCUUUGGCCUAUUAGCCAAGGUUUUUUUAUACUGUUUAAUUAAAAUCUGAGUCCUCCAUGAUCAUCAACAAACAAUGAUUCAUUUAUUUGUUUACCUAUAAGAAAUAAAAGGUAAGAAAAGCAAACACAAUCAGGCAGCACCUUUCCCAUCGCAGGGAAAUCAACCUUUUUUCUCACUGCUUCUCUGGAGGGAAAGAACUUGGGACGUGAGCACGGAGUUAAUGAAGCUUUCACCCAUCUCCUCUCCACCGCCUUCGCGGUUUAAUCCCUCCUUCUGCCAAAGUCCAGAGGGCCCGCGCGC